CCGCACGCAUUCCCUCGAGCGGCGCUGCAUUUCAAGCUGAUGACAAUCGCAUCACUCCAACUUUGUUCGAGCAGCGUCUAACCGAGUCUAGUGUGCCCGUCUGCGUGCGCCCGCAAAGGCUUUGCGCAUUGCUUUGGUGUAGUCAGACCGCCACCGCUAGCCGAAUGAGUUUGACGCUGAUACAUGCGUGGGCCCGCGCCGCCCCGACAUGCUCGCCACUGGCAAGGACAAGGGCCAAGGACCACCUUUUCCAUGCGACUGGAAAUGGCAAGGAGGUUGGCGACGCUGCAGUGCCACGCGAGCAAAUUGCCCUGUACGGACAUGCCUGUGAACAAUUUCAGCGGUCUGGGACACGAAGCUGGUGCACAAGCGUUGCAGGCAUUGCGCGAGGCCCAAGAGGCGGCAAUCCAGACACCGAUUCCUGAUUGUAUUUCAAGCGAGCUUGGCAUCCAAGCUUGAUUUCACCAGCUCUUCAGCUUCACUGCCACUUUCUCACUUUAGUGUUCUCACUCUGCAUGGGCGCAUGAUGUAGGCGUCCAAGGAGAACCGCAAUGACAACACUGGACGUAAAGGGCAAGCAGACAACGCAACGCCCACAGCCAAAUGACAAGCGCUUGGAUGAAGCAAUGGCGUUGACCGAGGUCGAGACUCACCACGCACCACGCGGCUCCAGCAAGCGGUAUAAAUCCACCCACCCGCCUUCAGCGCCCAACAUCCCAUUCGUGAUUUGAGCACAUUGAUUCUUCACCUCAAAGCGCACUCAGCUGGCUCUGGUGCGCUCGCCGCUGUUGCAUAUUUUUAACUUUCCUCUUCUUUGCACACCACGCCACG